AUGGAGUCUGCGCAUAGGAAAAUCGAGCUCCAGUCCCACGAAGACCUCGCAUUCCUCCUCAACAAUGUCCGACGCGCCGCGCGGGACCAGCUCAACAAUGCGUUCCCGCAAAUCGAGGGCAGCAAUGCAGGAGAAGAUGAGCUCCGGGUGCCCAUUGAGCGGCUCGUGAACGAGUACAUCGACAAAACAUUUACCCAUGCCGCCCCGAACCUAUCCAUCAACGGUCUCGACGCCGAUCCCACCGCCUUCCUCUCCCUCAAUCCCUCCGACGAGCCCGAGGAGGCCUACGAGCCCUGGGAUCCCCGCCUCCGCCAGCGCGUCGAAGAUCUCGCCCGCGAGGAGGAGGACCUUCUCAACGAAAUCGCCGCCCUUAAGAAGUCCGUCCCCGGCGCCGUCGCCGCCGCUAUGACGCACGAUUUCAAGACCGCCGUCGCCUCGGACGAGGCCGCGCUCGAGGCCGUCAAGAAGGCGAGGGAGGUUGAGGCGAACGAAAUCGAGGCCGAGGCGCUCCCGCUCGAAGAGAUGGAAAGGAGGACUGAGGUCAAGGAGAUCUUUGGGGGCGCGGUCGGCGCGCUGGGCAAGUUAAAGAAGGAGAUGCCAGCUACGGUCGCCAAGAUGGAGAGAGCGAGGGUCGCGGGCGAGUAUACCGUCACUGAACGAUCGUGA